UCAACACCAUCUCUCUUUUCUCUUCCUUCUUUGGUAUUUUCGGCCAAAGAGAGCCCUAAAAACCACCCAUCAUUUCUUACCAUUCUAGCUACUGCCCCAUUCUCUUCCUCUUCUUUCACACCCUUCAAGAUGUCAAACCCCUCUGUAAUCAUCACCAAUGAAGAGCUGUGGGCCUCGAAUACAGAACUCAAGACCCAAGUGGAGUACUUGGCUAAGCAGAUUGCUCAACUCACCAAAUUCAAAAUGAAAAUGAUGAAUACCCCUGAAGAAAGUGAAGAUGAGCAAGAGGAAGAAGCCCAGUCAGAAACUCAUCCUCGUCCCACAAGGAGAAACAACCAAGAGAAGUCAUCUACUGAUUUCAAAGUUGAAAUCCCAACUUUUGAUGGCAAAGAUGACCCCGAUGAUUUGAUAGAGUGGUUAGAGACGAUUGAACGUGUCUUUGACUAUACCGAGGUAUCGGAGGAUAAGAAGGUCAAGCUUGUGGCCUUAAAACUCAGAGGCUACGCAUCUACUUGGUGGACUAACACUACCACCAAGCGCAAAAGAGAAUGCAAGGCUGCUGUUAAAACAUGGACCAAGAUGAGAGCUUUAUUGAAGAAGAAGUUCAUUCCUACUCAUUUUAUAAGGGACAACUUUGCUAGGCUUCAAAACCUACGACAAGGAAAUCAGUCCGUAGAAGAGUACAACCGAGAGUUUGAAGAACUCUUGAUGCGAUGUGAUCUUCAAGAGAAUGAUUCACAAACCUUUGUGAGAUAUUUAUUUGGUUUAAACACCCAAAUAGCCAACACCGUGGAGCUGCAAAAUUUUGAAAGCCUUGAAGAUUUAACAAAGCUAGCCCUAAAAGUGGAAGCUCAACUCAAGAAAGGCAAGUCCCCCUUGAACCGUCCCCUUCCACCACAUCAAGGCCAACCAAAUUACACCCCCAUUGCUGCCCAAAACCCCACGGCCCUCUGCCCUAAAAAUCCCAAAACCAUGCACCCUAUUUCAUCGCCAAGUGCUCCUUCUCCUUCAAAACCUAGUUCAUCAAGUAGCCGAGUCCAAAAGUGUUUUCGUUGCCAAGGNUUGGCAGCUUUAGGAGACAAAAGGGGGUGGAUAAUAUGAUGUAAAGGAUUGGUGGUUGGGAUGGGGUGUUUCGGCCCACCUAGGGGGAAAAAGGGAGUAAGUGAAAUGAGAGUAUUUUGGAAUAUUAUUUUGGGAAAUUUGGUGGUUACAAG